UGAUUUGGUGAGUGAUAGUACUUAUAGGUUUGGCCUCAUAGGGUACUGUGGCUGGAGUCCAGAGCAGCACCUUCUGUUGGUGAGAGAACCUCAUAGUCUGAUUCCCUGGUUUGGGGAAAUUCUGAAAGCAGCAUGAAAAACAGAAUGAAAUUAGCACUGUAUGUAUAUGAAUAUCUGCUCCAUGUAGGAGCACAGAAAUCAGCCCAGACGUUUUUAUCAGAGAUAAGAUGGGAAAAAAAUAUCACACUGGGGGAGCCCCCAGGAUUCUUGCAUUCCUGGUGGUGUGUAUUUUGGGAUCUCUACUGUGCUGCUCCAGAAAGACGAGAAACAUGUGAACAUUCAAGUGAAGCAAAAGCCUUUCAUGACUAUAGUGCUGCAGCAGCUCCCAGUCCAGUGCUAGGAAACAUUCCCCCAGGAGAUGGCAUGCCAGUAGGUCCUGUACCACCGGGUUUUUUUCAGCCUUUCAUGUCCCCUCGGUACCCUGGAGGUCCAAGGCCACCUUUAAGAAUACCCAAUCAGGCACUUGGAGGUGUCCCAGGAAGUCAGCCAUUAUUGCCUAGCGGGAUGGACCCAACACGGCAGCAAGGGCAUCCAAACAUGGGUGGGCCAAUGCAGAGAAUGACUCCUCCAAGGGGAAUGGUUCCUUUAGGACCACAGUCUGACCCUUGGUUAUCAUUGCAGAACUAUGGAGGUGCAAUGAGACCCCCACUGAAUGCUUUAGGUGGCCCGGGGAUGCCUGGAAUGAACAUGGGUCCUGGGGGUGGUAGACCUUGGCCAAACCCAACCAAUGCCAAUUCUAUACCUUAUUCUUCAGCGUCUCCUGGGAACUAUGUAGGUCCUCCAGGAGGUGGAGGGCCACCAGGAACACCUAUCAUGCCUAGUCCUGCAGAUUCAACCAACUCUGGAGACAACAUGUACACUUUAAUGAAUGCAGUACCACCUGGACCCAACAGACCUAAUUUUCCAAUGGGGCCAGGGUCAGACGGACCUAUGAGUGGACUGGGUGGAAUGGAUUCACAUCAUAUGAAUGGAUCAUUAGGCUCAGGAGACAUGGACAGUAUUUCCAAAAACUCUCCGAGUAAUAUGAGCAUGAGUAAUCAGCCUGGCACUCCCAGGGAUGACAGUGAGAUGGGUGGAAACUUCUUAAACCCUUUUCAGAGCGAGAGCUACUCCCCUAGCAUGACAAUGAGUGUGUGAUCCGUUAACAAGUCUCGUCAUGAAGACCACAGUGAGUUGGCCCUCUUCAGAGAGCUACUGCAGAAGAAAAUUAUUCGUCCCAGUGUACAGUUUAACAAAAGGAUCUCAGACACAAUCAGACCCACCAUUUUUUUUUCUACCAUCUCCCCCGUUUUGUCAAGAAAGUGGGUCCCAAACAUGAUUGAGACAACUGUAAAGAGUGGCGUAACAGAACUGCCCAAGAUGGAACUGCAAACAAUUAUCUGUGUAUGUACAUGUGUGGGUUAAUGUAUAUGUAUGUGUGUGUGAUAUAGAAAUACACACAUACAUAUAUAGAACCACAGGACAUUGUAAAAUAUUAUCCCAUGACAUCUUAAGUAGAAAUGAGAAGUAGGGAGUUUUAUUCCAUCUUUUUUUUUUUUUCUUCACGUUUACAUUUUAAUUAUUAAAAUUUGCUUUCCCUCUCCCCUCCUGAACUGUUUUAUGUUGCUUAUAUCACUGCUUUAUAAGUUAUUUUUUAAGGUGAACUCAAAUGAUAAAUUCUUCUGAUUUUGUAAAUGUCUGCCAUUAUGGAUAGGAAUAAAAUUGCUUAUAAGAGCUUUCAUUAACUUGUGUUUGAUACCAGUUACCCUAGGAAUCACAAACUAUACUGUCUCAAGAAAUAGAAGAAAGCUCAUCUUAAUUUUUUGGAGAAAUUUAAUAAUUUUCACCUAGUUUGGUGAUUUUUUUUUUAUACUUUGCCUCUAAAAAAAGAAGCACUGAAGUUUAUUUUUCUUCUUUAAUUGAAGCCUAAAAUCUGCAAUAUCUAUUUUAAAUGGAAGCCUGAAUUUGAUACAAGCUUCUCAGUUUAUAUAGAGUACUAUAAGGUUACUGUAAGUGAGCUCCAAUUGGUAUAGAAUCUAGCAAUAAAGUGUCAGGGGUUCUUCUGCCCUUGGAAAUGAGUUUUCUAUUUAGCAUGAUCUUCUCUAGGGGUGGUAGUUAGUGGAAAUACAGUAGAGUCCUUAUCACCGAAACCUUUUCUAACAAUUUACUAUUAUGUUUCCCAUUUUCAGUGAUUCUUAACCGAAUUGUAACAAUCCAUGGUCCUAACGAUAAACAGUAUUUCCCAAGUGCAUUCAGAAAAUACAAUCACCCUGCUACUUGGGUGUGUAUUUUUCACCACAUCUACCAAAAUGAAUUCCCCCAAAACUUUCCAGUAAACGGUCUUUUUUUUUUUUUUUUUGAGCCAAAAUGGUGGAGUAAACUUUUUAUGACUACUAGCCUUGCGAGGGUCUUACCUUCUGCCACGAACAGAAGAGGAACAAAGGUCUGGGCCAUUUUAUAAGGAGGUCAGCCUAUUAGACAUGGAAGCUGGGGACAGAAUGGAGAAAAGGCAUAUGGUGUUAAAGGAAAUACUUCUGGAAGCAAUCCCUUGUCUCUUCAGGCAAAGCUCUAAAACCAAGAUUAUGGUACAUUUAGUUCCUAAUGAUUUCCAGCCCCCCCAAGAACACAAAAAAGUUUUCAGUUGUGUAAUGAUCAAAAGGUUGAUGAUCAGCAAUGCGGGCACAAAGUGGCUGAACAAAAAUUCAUGCCACAGACCAAAAGCUAAGUCCACUCCUAGGACUUCACAUAUAGAAGAGCCACUUACAUACGAGGAGCAGUUCUGAGAUGUGGUAUGUCCAUGAAGUCUUGCAAGGAGAUUUUUUUCAUGAACUUGAGAUGGAGAAGUGUGUGUAUAUAAUGUGCUCAUUGUGAUGGUAGCUGCACAUAAUGGGAUGUGUAAGGAAUACUACAAUCUCCCAAAUAAUUUUUAUUUACAUAUAUUACAUAUAUAUAAUAUAUGAAAAUAAAAAGGUGUAACACUUUUUACUCUCUUGUUAGGGCUAUUCAAAGGUGAAACUCUUGGAGGCUUAAAAUUACUUUAAGAUAUCAAAGAUUUUGAUAGCAUUACUUGUUAGUAAUAAUACCUACUCUGAUUAGUUGUAAAUAUAAACUAGAUAGUCAUUAUGGUUUUGUGGACUUUAUUCCCAGUGAUUAUGAAGGUGACAUACAUUUGCUUUUCUUUGGAAAACACUUUGUUGCUAUCUCAAAAGAUGCUGGAAGCCCCUACUAUUGAUUCGAGUUAAAAAAACACAAAAUCAGAUCUAAUUUCCUCAGACCCUUUGCUGUUGUCACUAAUACCACUGGUUUCAGUAGCUGUGUCCUCAGUGCACCCCAGCUUCUCCCAUAAGCACUGCAGAGUCCAGGUGUCCUUGCAGCCUGCAUUUGACAUCGAUAUUAUCCUUGGUAGCCUUCUAGGAAGGCCUUUAGGACCCUUUUCUGCCCAGUUUCAGGCAGACGAUGUCACUGCUGCUGGACUCAGAUAGAUGGGUAUGUCUGGACUGUGCAUCAAGUGCCAAAGCCCAUUCAUUCACGCACCAGGUAAGUGUGCCCUCGAGUGGGCUCUCAAGCCGUUGAGUGCAUCUGGGGUCUGUUCUGUAUCUCCAGGGGAAGCCCCCGUACGGUCCCGUGCCAAGCUGGGGUCCCUGCAGGCAAGCCGUGUGUCCAGGGACCGCGCAACAGCCGCCCCAGCUGGCACCACUGAGGGCUCUCUUACAAGGCAGAGUACGUGCCGCCACUGAAGCUUCCUACUGUGGCAAAAUUAAGCAGAAUUGGCACUUAGUAUUAAUCAGAGACUUGAUUUUAUUUUUUUUUCUUUCUGCAUUUGGCAUUAUCUGCAGUAUUUUAGCUUGUAGGCACCUGUUAAGGAUGAAAGCCUGACCAUUAAAUUAAACCUGUCCAAAGAAACCCCUUAAAUGGAACUGCCAACACAUAUUGAAUAUCAUUAUCAAACUAUGUUAUCCUAAUUUAUAUACAAGAGCAUAACGUCUUCUCAGGCACAUAAUUUUUCUUCUGUAGUUCUUUCAAACUCCCUUCUAUACAAUUUUUCUUA